AUGCCCUUCAGAUACUUGGGGAAGAGCAGUCCAAGCACAGAGAGCAUCAAAUGCAAAACCUCUGAGAGGAGAGUCGACUUGGCAAAUACAAUGCCCAAAAGACCAGCAUGGCUGGAGCAGAGGGAUGAAGGAGAGAACAGUAGGAGCAAAGGUCACAGUGGAAGUGGACUAGACUUCAGAGUUAAAAUUCAUGCAGUGAGUCCAAGAAUUAAGGGAGUCUUUGAAGAGAAAGAAUAUAAGAUGUCAAGAAUAGAAUUUAUGGAAACACCAUCAUUUAGCGGAUCUAGGGAUGCUUAUGGCAAGAAGUCUAGCUUGGUUGGAAAACUGAGCGACACAGAGGCUAAGCAAGUUGACCAAGGAUUUGAAAUCAGAUUGGAACUUACACCACUGGCACUCCUGGUUCUCAGGCCUUUAGACAAGGGCAGCAUCACUUCUGUAGUAUUCCUGCUAAGAAAGCAUGAGCUGACACUGGUCCCAAGGAAACAUCAGAUGGACCUGGGGUUACAAGCUUCCAGAAGCAAGGGGUUAUUUUUGACAAGCCUCUCAGGUUAUCCUGUCAUACCAAAGUACUACUCUGUGCCAGCUGAUUUUGUAGAAUAUGAAAAAAGAAACCCUGGUAGUCAGAAGCGAUUUCCUAGCAACUGUGCCCGUGAUGGAAAACUGUUUCUUUGGGGACAAGCCCUUUAUGUCAUCGUAAAGCUCCUGGCUGAUGAAUUAAUUAGUCCUAAAGACAUUGAUCCUGUUCAGCGUUAUGUCCCACUACAGAACCAACUUAAUGUGAGCAUGAGGCUUUCCAAUCAGGGCCCACUGGAAAAUGAUUUGGUUGUUUAUGCAGCACUCAUAGCAGAAGGCCAACGCCUUCAAGUUUUCCUCAACACAUAUGGUAUUCAGACUCAAACUCCUCAACAGGUAGAACCCAUUUAGAUCUGGGCCCAGCAGGAGCUUGUGAAAGCUUAUUUCCAUCUGGGGAUCAAUGAAAAAUUAGGACUCUGUGGAAGGCCAGAUAGGCCCAUUGGCUGCCUUGGUACAUCAAAGAUUUAUUGCAUUCUAGGAAAGACUGUGGUUUGUUACCCUAUCAUCUUUGACUUAAGUGAUUUCUACAUGUCUCAAGAUGUUUUACUGCUGAUAGAUGACAUAAAGAAUGCACUACAGUUUAUUAAGCAAUACUGGAAAAUGCAUGGCCAUCCACUUUUCCUUGUUCUCAUCCGGGAAGACAAUAUAAGAGGUAGCCGAUUCAAUCCCAUAUUAGAUAUUCUGGCAGCUUUUAAGAAAGGAGUGGUUGGAGGAGUCAAAGUUCACAUAGAUUGUCUACAGACACUAAUAUCUGGAGCUGUGGUAGAACAACUUUUCUUACGAAUCAGUGACACAGAAGAGCUUCCAGAAUUUAAGAGUUUUGAGGAACUAGAAGUUCCCAAACAUUCAAAAGUCAAAUGACAAAGCAGCACCUCCAAUGCUCCUGAACAAGAACAGCAGCCAGAUGUCACCAUUACUGAAUGGAAAAACAAACCCACCCAUGAAAUUCUUCAAAAACUGAAUGGCUGUAGUUGUCUGGCUAGCCAAGCCAUCCUGCUGGGUAUACUGCUCAAAAGAGAAGGGCCCAACUUCAUCACAAAGGAAGGUACCGUUUCUGAUCACAUUGAGAGAGUCUAUAGAAGAGCUGGCAGCAAAAAACGUUGGUCAGUGGUGCACCAUACAGCAAGUCUUUUAAGUAAACUAGUGGACAGCCUGGCCCCAUCCAUUACUAAUGGAAGCCCUUUUACUAAUGUUUUAGUGCAGGGUAAACAGGUAACUCUGGGUGCCUUUGGACAUGAAGAAGAGGUUAUCUCUAAUCCUUUGUCUCCAAGAGUGAUUAAGAACAUCAUCCAUUACAAGUGUAAUACCCAUGAUGAGAGGGAGGCAGUCAUUCAGCAAGAACUGAUCAUUCAUAUUGGCUGGAUCAUCUCCAAUAACCCGGAGUUAUUCUGUGGCAUGCUGAAAAUAUGAAUUGGGUGGAUCAUCCAUGCUAUGGAGUAUGAACUACAGAUCCGUGGAGGAAACAAGCCAGCCAGAGAAUAUCGGUUGUCACCUAGUGAAGUGAAACAGCUUCUGUUGGGUAUUCUGCAGCCUCAACGGAAUGGAAGAUGUUGGCUGAACAGGUGUCAGAUCGAUGGGUCUUUGAAUAGAACCCCCCCUGAGUUCUAUGACCGAGUGUGGCAGAUCCUGGAACACACACCCAAUGGAAUCAUUGUAGCCAGAAGGCAUUUGCCCCAGCAACCAACCCUGUCAGAUAUGACCAUGUAUGAGAUGAAUUUCUCUCUCCUUGUUAAAGACAUCUUGGGAAAUAUUGACCAGCCAAAGUACAGACAGGUAGUUGUGGAGUUACUAAUGGUUGUAUCCAUUGUACUGGAAAGAAACCCUGAGCUAGAAUUUCAAGACAAAGUAGAUCUAGACAAACUGGUGAAAGAAGCAUUUCAUGAAUUUCAAAAAGAUGAGAGUCAACUAAAAGAAGUUGAAAAACAAGAUGACAUGACUUCCUUUUACAGUACUCCCUCCCUGGGAAAAAAAGGAACAUGCAGCUAUUUGACAAAGGUCGUGAUGAAUUUGCUGCUGGAAGGAGAAGUCAAGCCAAGCAAUGAUGACCCAUGUCUGGUUAGCUAGUGAGGAAAGUGUUAGAGACUCUGUU